AUGGCUGCGCCUCCCCGGCACUCCACGAUGCUGUCCAUCAGCAAUGGCGGGACGCCGCAAUCAGGGCCGAAUGACAAACAGACACAACAACAAGCCCAGACAUUACCACAAUCCCCCGGUCUCCGCGUACCAUCCAAUCGCAAGACAAUCUACGAUCGACACUUGAACCGCAGCCGCAAUGCAGAGCUCAGCCGGGCAAGCUUCGCCUACCUAUUCGGAGAGAUGGUCACAUACGCCCAACGGAGGGUAACAGGUAUCCAAGACCUCGAGAAACGCCUUAACGAACAAGGCUAUCCCCUCGGCCUCCGCCUCCUAGACCUUCUCUUCUACCGCUCAACAUCAACCUCCUCCUCAGCCCUCUCAAGCUCCUCAACUUCAUCUUCACCACCUAACCGCCCUCUCCGCAUCAUAACCCUCCUACACUUAAUCCACGGUCCCCUGUGGCGCCUCCUUUUCGGCCGCUCCGCAGAUGCACUCGAGCACUCCGUCUCCCCAGACACGCCUAAUGAGUAUAUGAUCACGGACAACGACCCGCUGGUCAACACCUACAUCAGCGUGCCGCGCGAGAUGAGUAUGCUCAACUGUGCUGCUUUUGUCGCUGGUAUUAUUGAGGGUGUUUGUGAUGGAUGUGGCUUUGAGACGAAGGUCUCGGCGCAUAAUCAGCCUACGGAGAUGUGGCCUAGUCGGACUGUGUUUCUGGUUAGGUUUGGGGAUAGUGUUAUGGAGAGGGAGAAGGUUUUGGAACGCUCUGGUGUCAAAUAA